UGCUCCAGUCAGAGUCACUUUUUUCAGUACUAUAAAUUGAGAGCAUUAACCACGUACUAUCGUAUCAAUGAACGAGUCUUUGAAAUUUCAUAGUCAUUCUGAAAUGGAAUUAUCAGUGAUAUCCAUUGCAGUCUCCAUAGUUUUGGUUACAGUAGUAACAUUGGCAUGGAGAAUUCUGAACUGGGUAUGGUUGAGGCCAAAGAAGCUGGAGAGAUACCUGAGACAGCAAGGUCUCUCUGGCAAACCUUACAGGCUUCUUUAUGGAGAUUUGAAGGAGACCAGAGUGAUGCUAAAACAAGCAAAAUCCAGAUCCUUCAAUGUCUCUGAUGAUGUUAAACCACGUCUGGUUCCAUUCCAACAUAAAGUGGUCAAGGAUUAUGGAAAAAAUUCAUUUACAUGGAUUGGUCCAAUACCCAGGGUGAUCAUCAUGAAUCCUGAUCAACUAAAAGAAAUAUUUUCCAGACAUAAUGAUUUUCAUAAACCUAAGGCGAACCCUCUUUUGAAGUAUCUUGCAUCUGGACUUGUAGACUAUGAGGGGGACAAGUGGAGUAAACACAGAAAGCUUAUCAACCCAGCAUUCCAUCUCGAUAAGUUGAAGCUGAUGUUACCAGCCUUCUAUAAAGUUUGUAGUGAGAUGAUUAGCAAAUGGGAGAAAUUGGUCUCUGAAGAAGGAUCAUGUGAAUUGGAUGUAUGGCCCUCCCUUGCAAAUUUGACAGGUGAUGUGAUUUCUAAAACAGCAUUUGGAAGCAACUUCGAAGAAGGAAGAAAGAUAUUUGAACUCCUGACAGAAUUAGCUGAUAUUAUGACAGAAGUUUUACAUUCGGUUUACAUUCCCGGAUUGAGGUUUUUACCUACUAAAAGGAAUAGGAGAUUAAAGAAAAUUGACGCGGAAAUACAAGCCUUACUUGUUGGUAUCAUUAAUAAUAGAGAGAAGGUUAGGAGAGCAGGAGAAGCUUCAAAGAAGGACUUAUUGGGUAUACUCAUGGAAUCCAAUUUCAGAGAGAUUGAAGAACAUGGAAACAACAAAAAAGUUGGAAUGACCAUCAAUGAUGUGAUUGAAGAGUGCAAGUUGUUUUACUUUGCUGGUCAAGAGACUACCUCCGUUUUGCUCGUCUGGACUAUGAUUUUAUUGAGUAAGCAUCAAGAUUGGCAAGCUCGUGCAAGAGAAGAGGUUUUCCAAGUAUUUGGUGAUAAGAAGCCAAGCUAUGAUGAAUUGAAUCACUUGAAAGUUGUCUCAAUGAUACUGUAUGAGGUACUCAGGUUAUACCCUCCAGUGCUUGGUCUUGAUCGAGCUGUUCACGAAGAAAUAAAACUUGGAGACUUGUCACUGCCUGCUGGAGUUGAAGUCACAACGCCAAUUAUCCUGGUUCAUCAUGAUCAAGAACUUUGGGGUGAUGACGCGGAGGAGUUUAAUCCGGAGAGGUUUUCUGAAGGAAUUUCAAAGGCCGCGAAGAGUCAAGUUUCGUUCUUCCCUUUUGGAUGGGGUCCUAGAAUAUGCAUUGGACAAAACUUUGCUCUCUUGGAGGCAAAAAUGGCUUUGGCUUUAAUUCUGCAAAACUUCGCGUUGGAGUUAUCUCCAUCUUAUGUUCAUGCUCCUCGUUCAGUUAUUACUCUUCAUCCGGAACAUGGUGCCCACUUAAUCUUGAAGAAACUAUAGGAAAAAAAAAUUGUGUUAAUGUAUUGUGAUUGUUUGAAUAAAGAAUAUUGCACCAACUGUUAAUUUGUUAGCAUGAUGGUGUAAGUAGCCUGUAUUGUGAUUGUUUGAAUAAAGAAUAUUUUCAUUUA